GAUUGCAUCACUGUAGAGGUGGUGUUAGUGGUAUGAGUUUUGCAGAAGCAGGUUUAUAAGCCGUGGUGAGUCCGUUUAGCAGGUAUACACUAUUGGGAAACACGUCACCGCAUCGCUGGAUUCCCAUGAUACACCGCUUCGGCAGGGACUGAAGACAAAGAGGAAGUGUUUCAAACUUUCAGCGCGCUGCCUGCUGAACGCAAAAUAUUUCUGUUCCCAAUCUGGACCUGCGAGACACAAACUAUCCCUUUACCGAGCUACUCGGCAGAACCCCCAUGUCUGAUGCCAUGGAUUGUGUGAAGAUGGAAUCUGUCCCCAUUAAAGAGGAGCUCCCUAAACUUGAACGGGUCCCAAUUAGACUGGCUUUCUCUGGAUUGCUUUCCCUCCCCAUGAAACCGGAGAUGCCAUGUGACAGCAUCAAGUCAGAGGUGUCUGGUAUUAAAGCUGAGAGCAAUGAACUGGAGAUCCCCCAGACAGCAGGACCAGUUCCCAUUAAAGAAGAGGUGCUGGAAAUGCAGCUACCAAGCAGAACAGUGUGUGAUGCCAUGGACAGUGUGAAGAUUGAAACUGACCUGAUUAAAGAGGCGCUCCCUGAACUUGAAGUGGCCCCAAUUAGACUUUUAUCUGCACUGGCUUCCCUCCCCAUUAAACAGGAGCUCUGUGAGAUCAAAACAGAGGUGUCUGCUGGGAUUAAAGCUGAAUGCAAUGAAUUGGAGAUCUGCCAGACAGAACCAGUUUCCUUGCAAGAAGCAGUUCUGGAAAUAAUGCAUAUUAAACAGGAGCCCCUCAAAGUGGAGUUUGAAUGCUUGGAACCAGAGAGGGAAGAAUCAGAGGACUUGAAAGCAGCCCCUCCUGCGCUGGGUCCUGUACGCCUGCGGGCGUGUAGUGUGGUGCUGAAGAGAAUCUGCCUGAGAGUGCAGGGCGCUGGAGCGGAAGCCAGCUCUCCCAACAGCAUGCGAGGAUGUGGAAAGGAAGACGGUGGGGAGUUCACAUUCAGAAUGCAGUCCAGCAGUGUUCCAAAGCAUCCCAAACGAAGUCGAUUCAGUGUUUCUGAAGAUUUGGAGGAGAUGGAUAGUAGUGAAAGUGACGGCGAAAGUGAUCAACUUUCUGGGUUGGAGAGCGCUGAUUCAAUGUCUGAAGCAGCAUUUGAAGAUGGAUUGGAUCCUCUUCAGGAUUUUGAGGACACUGAAGAAAACCCUCCCCCCUCAAGUGAGAGUUUUUAUGUUUCUCAGCGGAAAAGGAGACGAUCCAUUCCCACCCCUCUCCCUUAUAUCACCUCAAGCAUGCCUGCAAGACCAGUUGAGAGCAGGCGGGCAAGCACACCCACCCCCACCCCCACAACCUCAGACCCUGAGGAGAGGUGGAAAUUUGUAACUGAGGAUGACGUUGAACCUAUGCAGCACCGCUUCUGUCCUGCACGAGCUCCUGGAGCACAACUGGAUACUUCAAGAAAGUAUUCCCCGCUAGACCUCUUCCAGCUUUACUUCAGCAUGAACGUCGUUCAAUCUUUGUGUACAAACACAAAUAAAAAUGGAGAAAAGCAGCAGGCCCAGGGGAAAAAAUACCAGUGGGAUCCAGUUUCAAUCAAGGACUUCUACCAGUUUUUAGGAAUCCGAAUUUUAAUGGGGCUACUGACAACUUCCACCGUGAGGGAUUACUGGAGUCCACGUAAGCCUUAUGGAAUCCCAUUCUGUCACACUGUGAUGUCCAGGAAGAGAUAUGAAGCCAUCGCUUGGACUCUGCACAUAAGUGACCCAGAGGAAGAUAAAGAGAAUGAUCAGAAGAAAGGAACUCCACAACAUGAUCGCCUCUUCCGUCUCAGACCCCUCUUGGAUUCCCUCCUCCUGUCCUGCAAGGCAUACUACCACCCCCGACAGAACCUUUCAAUUGAUGAACGCACGGUGGCCUCAAAAGCCAGGAUGGGGUUCAAGCAGUACAUGAAAGCAAAGCCGACACAAUGGGGCUUCAAGCUGUUCGUGCUGGCUGAUGCCCACAACGGGUACACAUGUGAUUUCAACAUCUACACAGGAAAAUCCAAAUCAGAUUCUGGGAAAGGACUGAGUUAUGACUCCGUUAUGAACCUCAUAAAGGUGUCAUACUUAGGCACAGGGUACCAUGUGUAUGUUAACAAUUUCUACACCAGCACAACACUGUUUCGGGACCUUUACAAGCUCAAAUUUGGAGCAUGUGGGACCAUUAGAGAAAAUCGUCAGGGCUUCCCACGGACAAAAGAAAACGCCCUCCCUAAAAAAGCUGAUAGGGGGACAAUUCGCUGGAUACGAAGCGACAAACUGCUGUACACCAAGUGGAUGGAUACACGUGAAGUGACGAUGUGCAGUUCCAUUCAUAAAGUGUACACAGGAGACAAAGUCCAGAAACGGGUAAGGAAUGAAGAUGGGAUUUGGAGAACACAGAAUGUUCCUGUUCCUGUUCCUACUCCUGUAAAGGCCUACAAUCAGCACAUGGGAGGGGUGGAUUUGUCAGAUGCCCUUAUGAAGUAUUACAACAUGGCACAGAAAACCAAAAAGUGGUACAAGGAAAUUUUUAAUCAUUUCAUUGACAUUGCUGUUGUCAACAGUUUUCUGCUCCAUAAGGAAUUGGCACAGGCUGCAAAUACAAAGGCACUUUCACACAAAACGUUUAGAGAGGAGCUAUGCAAGCAGCUGGUGGACAUCGGGCUUGUGGAGCAGGAGGCCAGUGCGAGUACAGAUAAACUCUGUGUCCCUGUAGCCAUUACAGAGGGCAAGGAACUCGACCCCUCCAUGAAGGCCUCCUUUGGGCGUAGACACUGUGCUUUGUGCAAUGAAGGGAAACUGAGGAACAAAACACCCUGGAAAUGCGAAGCCUGUGAUGUGCCAUUAUGUGUCAUUGUGGACAGAAACUGCUUCAAGAAAUGGCACAUGCGUUAGGAAAAAAAGACUUUAUAGCAACUUAGGGAUGCAAGUAAUUCAUUUGUUCAUUUUGUACAGUUCAUGGUGUAAUUAGGUUUUUGUUCAAUUGUAUGUAUUGUUUGAAAGAAAAUAUUUGAUUUGAAGUAAACACUUUUUUGAAAAAAAAACAACUCUUCAUUAUUUGGAUAAGGGCGUCUGCUUAGCAGACGUCCUGGAUAAGGGCGUCUGCUAAGAAAUAAAUAAUAAAUAAUAAUUUUGCUUC